UGUUCUCGACAUUCUUCCCCCCCCAACAGGAACACAAGGAAAAGUCAUUUGUAACACAAAACAUAUAUAUUUGCCGCUAAGACAGUUUUACAAGAUUUACAAAGUUUAUUAAAUUCAUUGUGAAUUCGUGUGAAAUUUUUAUAGAAUUUCGUUACAGUGAAGGAAAAUCAAUUGAAAAAUGGGACGAAAAGGAAAAAAGAAAUCAGAAGGUGGAGAUCCUCCAAAGGAAACUUCUAUUAAUCCAGCAGCAGGAGACACAAUGCCUGUACGAGCACCUGCUCCACCUGCAAUUCGAGAGGAACAAAAUUUUCCGCCACUAGGUGGUAAUCCUCGUGGUAGAGGAGAUGGCCCACGAGGAGGUGGUGGAGGAAGAGGCGGAGGUGGAGACAGGGGAGGAUUCAGAGAAGGUGGAGGAAGAGGAAACAGAGAAGGUGAUGGUGGCAGAGGAGGAAGAAGAGGAGAAGGUGGAAGAGAAUUUAGAGAAGGAGGAGGGAAUAGAGAAGGCGAUGGUGGCCAAGGAAGAAGAGGCGAAGAAGGUGGAAGAAGAGAAGGGGGAGGAUUUAGAGAAGGAGAAGGUGGAAGAGGAGGAGGAAGAAGAGAAGGGGGAGGAGGAUUUAGAGAAGGUGAUGGUGGCCGAGGAGGUGGUGGAGGAAGAGGCGGAUUUAGAGAAGGAGAAGGUGGAAGAGGAGGAGGAAGAAGAGAAGGGGGAGGAUUUAGAGAAGGAGGAAGAGGUGGAGAGGGAUACAGAGAAGGUGAAGGAGGCAGAGGAGGAAGAGAAGGAGGAGGUGGAGGAGGAAGAGGAGGAGGAGGAAGCAGAGAAGGCGAUGGUGGUAGAGGAAGAAGAGAUGGUGGUGGUAGAGGAGGAAGAGAUGGUGGUGGUAGAGAAGGCAGUGGUGGUAGAGGAAGAGGUAGAGGAGAAAGAAGAGAUGAUCGCGAAUUUAGAGAAAGACAACCGGAAAUGGAACGUCGUCAGGAACAAAGACCUGGUGGUGCAUGGGGUCAGCCACAACAACAACAACAAAGUCCCUCUACUUCUGAUCAACAACAAAAAUCCCUUCCCCAAUCUCCACCUCAAACUCCAUCUAAACAGGAUCCAAAACCGCCAACAAAAGAAAUGGAAAAACUGAGUUUAAAGGAAAAACCUUCUUCAAAACAGGUCGCAUCAAAAGUAAAGGUUGAUUAUAAAUCAUCAGUGUCGGAAACAAUAUCAAAACAAAUGAUUAGUUCUAUUCCAUUGAGAAAAGGUGAAGGUAAACUUGGUCGGCCAAUUCAAGUUUUUGUGAAUAUGAUGAAAAUUUUAUUUGGUAAAAAUUUUCGUUCCGAUGUUAUACAUUAUGACGCGACAUUUGAUCCCGAUGUGCCACGUUAUUUAAUUCCAAGGGCUUUUGAAAAAUUUCGCUUACAAUAUUUUCCAAAACGUUGGCCUGCAUUUGAUGGACGUAAAAAUGUCUUUAGUGCGGGACUUUUGCCAUUUGGCGAAACUACGGAACAAGAGGUGGAAGUACCAAAUGAUGAUGGCCGAAUGAAAAAAUUCAAAAUAACAUUAAAUAAAGUUAAUGACAUUGACAUUGGUUGGCUAAAACAUGUGAAAAAAGGUUUACCGGAAACGGAACGAGAUUUAAUUAGUAUACAAGCAUUGGAUAUUAUUUUACGACAAGCGCCACUAAAGGCAUUAAAUGUCACUGCGGUGGGACGCUCAUUUUUCACUCCACCAAGUGGACACGUCGCUUAUCUCGGCGAUGGCGUUGAACUUUGGGUUGGACUUUUCCAAUCGGCUGUCCUUGGCUGGAAACCAUUACUCAAUGUCGAUGUUGCUCACAAAGGAUUUCCAAAAUCGCAAAAAGUAUUGGAUUUAAUGGCCGAAUUAUGUCGUACAAAUGAUUAUCCAACAAGACGCGAUGUUGAUUAUAAUCGUGAGGAAAUUGAAAAAUUUUUAAAACGAUUAAAAGUAAAAUGUGAAAUUCCCGGACAAGCUGAAACAAAACGCACUUAUACAAUUAAUAAAUUGGUGAAAUGUCCAAGGGACAAUUAUUUUGAACAUCAAAAUAAACAAAUUAGCGUUGAACAUUAUUAUUUGAUUGAGAAAAAAUAUAAAAUUCAAUAUCCCGAAUUGCCAUGUCUUCAUGUUGGACCAAUUCAGAAAAAUAUUCACGUACCACCAGAGUUGUGUACAAUUUUACCUGGACAAGCGACAAAUAAAAAAAUGAACGAACAGCAAACGUCAAAUAUGAUUAGACAUGCUGCAACAGGAACUGAUAUAAGAAGGCAAAAAAUAAUGGAUUCCUUCAAUAAAAUUCGUCACAAUCAAAAUCCAUGUUUAAAUGAAUUUGGAUUGUCAAUUAGUGGCGAAUUUGAAAAAGUAAAAGCACGUGUAUUGGAUCCACCUGUUCUCACUUACAAUCGUGAUGUUCAUGUUUCAAGAGGCGUUUGGCGAGCCUCAAAUUUUUUGGAUCCAAAAUCAUUGCUCGAUAAUGAAUGGACAAUUUUAUGUUUAGAUAAUAGAACCAGAGAGGAUUCAUUGCGAAAUUUGGAACAAAAUCUUCGAAGAGAAGCCGGAAAUUUAGGAAUGUCCAUUGGCUGUGCACGUACGCCUUAUGGACAACUUCAAGCGCCAACACGUAGCUUACAAGAUGUCAUUAGAUUUUUCAACGAUGCAAAAAGAAAUAAAUUAAAAUUGGUAUUUGUCGUUGUUCCUGAUAGGCCACCAAAUAUUUACAGUAAAGUAAAGCAAGUCGCAGAAUUAAAUGUUGGCGUUUUAACGCAAUGUUUGAAAUCACAAACGGUUUUUAAAAAAUUAAAUCCAGCAACAAUGGGUAAUAUUUUGUUGAAAGUUAAUGCAAAACUUGAUGGAAUUAAUCAUACAUUCAGCGUAAAAGCAAAUUGCAGACCAAACUGUUUAUCUGAACCGUGUAUGAUUGUUGGAGCAGAUGUGACACAUCCAUCGCCUGAUGCAAUUGGAAUUCCAUCAAUUGCUGCAGUUGCCGCGAGUCAUGAUCCAAAAGCAUUUAAAUACAAUAUUGUCGUUCGUUUACAACCGCCGAGAGCUGAAAUUAUUCAAAAUUUGGAAGAAAUUAUGGGAAUACAGUUGCGAACAUUUUAUGAAAAAACUAAACAAAAACCGAAGAAAAUAAUUUUUUACAGAGAUGGUGUGAGCGAGGGACAAUUUCCACAAGUGAUGUAUUAUGAAUUAAAAGCAAUUCGAAAUGCGUGCAAAAGAUUAAGUGCAGAUUAUGAACCGAAAAUUUCAUUUUUUGUUGUUCAAAAACGUCAUCAUAUUCGAUUAUUUCCAACUGAUAAAUGUAACAGUGACGAUAGAAAUUUUAAUGUUCAAGCUGGAACAAUUGUUGAUACUGAUAUUACACAUCCAUCGCAUAUUGAUUUUUAUCUUGUUUCACAUGCGAGCAUUCAGGGAACAGCGAGACCAACGAAAUACAGAUGUCUUUGGGAUGACAGUGACAUGAGCGAAGAUGAAAUUGAACAAUUGACGUAUUAUCUUUGUCAUAUGUUUACAAGAUGCACAAGAUCAGUGAGUUAUCCAACUCCGACAUAUUACGCUCAUUUGGCCGCAUUCCGAGCUCGUGCAUUGACACAGGACGUUCAAAUUGAUGUCAAUAAUUUGGAGCAGGAACAAAAAACAAAAUUGACAAUCAAAGAGGAUUUCAAAAAUAAUCCCAUGUUCUUUGUUUAAGGAAUAAUAUUUUCAAAAGGAAAAAAAAAGAAUUCCAUCAUUUAGAUCUGUUUCCCCUUUUUUUUUUGUUAAUAAAUAAAGGGAAAUCAUUUUUUUUUCUCUCUCUAUUAUUACAGUAUUUUUUAAUUGCUUUAAUACAUAUAUAUAUAUAUAUAUA